AUGGAUUUUCCCAAUUGCACUGAAGGGGUUUAUGCCACAAGCAGCGGUGGUUAUGACUCACUGGAAACCACCAAACCCCCUUCCAGUAAGAUCCUGCUUACGCUGACCCUGUCUGUAGUGGCUAUCCUGACUACAUUUUUCAACUGCCUGGUGAUCACAGCUAUCGCGGUCACCCGCAAGUUACAUCACCCAGCCAACUACCUCAUCUGCUCAUUAGCAGUGACCGACCUGCUGGUGGCUGUGCUGGUCAUGCCCUUUAGUAUCAUGUACAUCCAAAAAGAGAGCUGGGUCAUGGGCAAGGUGGUGUGCACCAUCUGGUUAAGUGUGGAUGUCACUUGUUGCACAUGCUCCAUCCUCCAUCUUGCUGCAAUUGCCAUUGACCGUUACAGGGCCAUUACUGAUGCUGUGGAGUACUCUCGGAAACGCACAGGGGCCAGGGCAGGGGCGAUGGUGGCGGUGGUGUGGCUCUUGUCCAUCUUCAUCUCGCUUCCUCCACUGCUGUGGCGGCACUACAGUGGGGAUGCAGAGCAGGAAGACCAGUGCAUCAUUAUCCACCAUCACAUGGCGUUCACUCUGUAUUCCACAUUCGGAGCUUUUUACAUCCCCUUGCUGCUCAUCCUUAUCCUCUACUAUAAAAUCUACAGGGCUGCUCAGACCCUAUACAUGCGCAGGGAGGCAAGCCGGGCUAGCCGUCACUCGUGUAUGACCAAUGGGAGCAUGAUCCCAUCAUCCUACCCUGCUGGAGAUGAUGACGAUGAUCGGGGGCCUCAAAGUCCGGUGCCCAUAAGCCCACCAGAAAAGUCUUUCUCUGAAGCCUCAACUGAGGAACCUCCACGUGAACGGGUGCGUGUCUCAAAAAAGACUUUCCAGUGCAAGUCUCGCCGGCACGAGUCACGUAGUGAGUCACGUAGUGAGUCGCGUCGCAGCCAGUUUUACCAAGGACCACGGAUCUCAGGCUCAAGGGAGCGCAAAGCGGCGUCAACAUUGGGGUUGAUAAUAGGAGCAUUUGUCAUCUGUUGGUUGCCGUUUUUUGUCAAAGAGGUGAUCGUCAACACUUGCAGUUCUUGCAGUACUUCGAUGGAGAUGGCUGACUUUCUGACAUGGUUGGGGUACCUCAACUCGCUGAUUAACCCUCUUAUCUACACCAUAUUUAAUGAAGACUUCAAAAAAGCUUUCCAAAGACUUGUUAGGUGCAGUCAUUACCUCUGA